UUCGAUCGCUCUAGCUGUCUUUCUCUGUUCUGCCAUUUUGAGCUGAGCAGCGAACUACCCGAAGUUCAAAUUUCUGAAAAGUUUGAAUUUUGUGGUUUAGAGUUCUUCUAUGGUUAUGGUCGACGCUGGAUCGACGAUCGUCAUGGCCACUUCGCCGUUGAAAAAGAUCGAACACGCCCACCAGCUGUACCGCGAUGGACGGUAUGGUGACGCGCUAGGUUUCUACACGGAGGCUAUUGGGAUGGCUAAGACUAAGGCUCAAAAGAUCGCUUUGCAUAGCAAUAGAGCUGCCUGUUAUCUGAAGCUUCACGAUUUCAAGAAGGCUGCAGAAGAAUGUACCUCAGUGCUUGAGCUAGAUCACAAGCACAGUGGAGCUUUGAUGCUGCGGGCUCAAACAUUAGUCACCCUUAAGGAGUACCAUUCAGCACUUUUUGAUGUCAAUCGACUGUUAGAGUUGGAUCCAUCCUCAGAGGUGUAUCAAAAUCUUCAAGCUCGCUUAAGGACGCAAUUGUCACUUGCUCCAAUACCAGAGUCAGAAGAGGAGUUUGAAGAACAGGGAGAUGAAGACGAGGUGACAGUAAAAGGAGACAAUAAAUGGGAAAAAUCCCAAGAGAAUGAUGUUGGGAGAGAUCAUAAAGAUGAGCUUGCCAAGCCUACUUUUAAUACCGAAACAGACGACAAGUUAUCAUCUGAACAAGGAAUAGACGAAAACUCUGAGCCAAAAACUUCGACACCAGAGACGAUUGCCAAAGCACCACAGGAGGAACCAGCUGAGCAACAUUCCAAAGCAUGGCAAUCGAUUCCAAAACCGAAAGGGCAUUCAGCUUUAAACUAUGCACGAUGGGACAGUGUUGAAGACGAUUCCAGUGAAGAAGAUGACGACGACGAUGAUGAAGAUGAAGAAGAAUCUCAACCCCAGUACCGAUUUCGUGUAAGAACCAUAGGAGUACGAUCGGUAAAGUGAGAAUAGCCUAAGACUGUUCCGGUCCAAUUGUGUACAGAAUGAAGUCUCGUGGACCGAAUGGGUUGUUGAUGUUGCUCAUGGGUUCUGUCAUGGAGAACUUUGAAUCCUGGGAAGUACUGGCUUUUCAUGGUCAGAUGAGUUACCUGACUCUGAAAUUCUCAUACCCUUCAUGAUCUGAUGUGAUACAAAUUAAGUCAGUUCAUCAUAUAUAGGAUCAAGUAUAAAGAGUGUUUCAGCAGUUGAGACUUGAGACCUAUAUUGUAUGGCCAUGGAGGUGAUAAAUUUUCCUGUUGCUGUGGUUCAACCGUUGUAAUUAGUUUUUUUUUUUUUUUUUUUGCCCUUCAAUGUUCUAGUUGUAAUCAUCGUGGUGUUUCUGAGCUGGAGAGCUGUUGAUUUUGGUUUGCGAAGGUGGCAGUUGCGAGUUUGUAAUAAAAUCCCAGAAACUAUCAUUGGUAGUUUGUGUAUUAGCAAAUAAAUGAGCCAUUACCUGAUUGCA